AUGGAAGCAGCUUGGCAGGAAGCAAAGCUUAUGAGGGAUUGGAGCAACCCGCCACCUUGGCCGGUGUUUGCUUUCGGCAUAUGGCUCCUUAGCCUGCUGAAGCGGUUCAUGCAAUGGAUCCAGCCCCCGCCUUUGACGCUGUUCGACAUAUCGAUGGGUGUUGAAAAAAAGCGGCUGUACAGAGUGAUGAGGAGCGCCAUUCAGAUGGGGGUGUUUGCUGCGAUCAAGCCAAAGGAGGCAGGAGGCGCGGUCAGGUUCAAGAACAACCGCCUUUCUGCCUGCCUCCGGGAAGACCACCCCAAUUGCCUGCGCCACAUGAUGCUGCAUUUCACAGAGCACAACCAGCCGGCGUUUGAUGAGCUGGCGUGGGCGGUACGCACGAAUGGCAACGCGUGGAAGAAGACGCAUGAGGGCCUGAGCCAGUUCGAGUGGCUGCAGCGGGACCCCAAGGAGGAGCACAAGUUCUCCAAGGCCAUGCAGCAAGUUGACGGGCUCGGGACGCAUGCAAUGGCCACGGAUUACGGCUGGAACGGGCAUUCGCGGAUCGUGGACAUCGGCGGCGCUUACGGAUCGUUCAUGGCGCACCUGCUCUCCGUGAUUGAGAGGGCGAAGGACAUGUGGGCGGAGGACCCCCAAUGGUCCACCCUCGCCCCCCGCUUGAAACUUGUGGCCGGCGACUUUUUCGAUGCAGACACGCUGCCCAAGGCUGCAGACGGCGAUGUGUAUGUGAUGCGUCUGAUUCUCCACGAUUGGGACGAUAGCGACUGCGUCAGAAUCCUGUCCAACCUCCGCCGCGCCAUGGGCUCUGCAGACGCUCGCCUGCUCAUUGUCGAGACGACGCUAGGGGCGGAGUUUUCUGAUCCGCUGUUCCAGCGAGCCCUGCUGGAUGUCCACAUGAUGGUGGUGCACAAUGGUGCCGAGCGGACAGUCUCAGAAUGGAAGGACAUUCUGCAGAAGGCCAACUUCAGCUUUGGUCGCCACAUCCCAACCCGCGGUGUCUUCUCAAUCGUCGAAGCAUUCCCAGCAUAG